UCGCGACUGUGCCCGGAAGAGACGUGGCAAAAUAUUCGUAUCUGGCUGGGAGAACUGUUUCUUAGAGCAUUUGCUAGCUGUUAAGCUAUUUUUUUAGACAUUCUUGCUACGAUAAAUUACCGUUGUACGCCGUCCUUGGAAACUCUGAGGAACCGUGUAGAUAACCUGGGUGACACACAGGUAGCUAGCUACUUAGCUAUGCAAUUUUUAUGGAAUUGCUAGCUAGCACCAAAGACAGACCAUGGGUCUGUGCAAGUGUCCGAAAAGGAAGGUCACCAACCUAUUCUGUUUUGAACAUCGUGUGAACGUGUGUGAGCACUGCCUGGUUUCAAAUCACAAUAAGUGUAUAGUGCAGUCCUACCUCCAGUGGCUUCAGGACAGUGAUUACAACCCCAACUGUCGUCUGUGUAAUAAUCCUCUGAUCGACCAGGACACUGUCCGGUUAGUCUGCUACGAUGUGUUCCACUGGGCGUGCCUUCAUGACCAGGCGGCACGGCUGCCCCUGCACACUGCUCCAGCAGGGUACCAGUGCCCCAGCUGCCAGGGGCCCGUGUUCCCCCCUUCCAACCUGGCAAGCCCAGUAGCUGACACACUGAGGGAGCAGCUGUCCUCCGUCAACUGGGCCCGAGCAGGACUGGGCCUUCCGCUGAUUGAGGAGCCAGAGGGAGGAUUCGAAGACAGCUCGUCGAACGAUGUCACAAAUUAUGCUGACUGGUCUACAUUUGAUGCUACAGCCCCAGAGCCGAGUGAAGCUUACCCCACCCAGUCCUACAGCCCGGAGCCCAGCCCGGCCCCCACCCCAGCGCCACCUCCUGCACAGGAGGAGCAGGAACGCCUUCUAAACAACAACGGAAGUCUGGUGACACAGGAACACUCUGUGGCCAGCAUGGCCACUGCACCUACCAGUGACACCAUCACAAUACAUGCUGUAUCUUCACCCAGAAAGAUCUACGACACCCGUGAAUCUGCUCAUAGCUCCGUGACACAGAUUGACUUUGAUGAUGACAAGUAUCGGCGAAGACCUGCCUUGAGUUGGUUUGCACAGAUUCUCAAGAACCGAACGGGUUCAAAGAAGACAUCCUUGUCGUGGAAGCAGAGGGUGUUCAUGAUCCUCCUGGUGGGGGUCCUGGGCUUCUUCACCCUCAUCAUCAUCAUGGCUAAACUGGGGCGAGCCUCUGCUGACUCAGACCCCAACUUGGAUCCUCUCCUGAACCCUAACAUCCGCGUGGGGAAGAACUGAGCAGCGCCCCCUGGUGUCACACACGCACCCCUACAGGCAACGAGGAUCUGGACAAUGUACUUGGGACUAGGCGAGUUCGACGGUCAGAUCUUCUCCUGGACUCGAGCGUGAGAAUGAAAUGGAGCGAUCUGCACUGGGAAGUUUUAGUAGUUGAAAACACUUGUCCUUUUGUUUGGAUUUGGCAGAUGCUAAUUCCCUAUGCAUAUACUGGACAGAAUUAAUAUAUAUAUGUAUAACGGUUUUGGGGUGUUUGCAUUUGCCGAAACCAUUUAAAACAACUUAUUUUAGCAGAUCCAUAUCUUUCCAACUGUUUUUGAGUGAAAAUGGGUUGGUGAGGAGGUGAUAAAUAUACACUUUUUCAUAGACAUUGUAUUCUAUCUAUGAAACUAUAGGCAGAUGUAUGGGGUAAUUGUCAUAACUUAAUGAGUUCAUUAUUACCACAACCCCAACAAACAGUGAUCUGUUAUAAAUAUGAAUCUGUUGGCUCAUUUAGCUGUAGUUAUUUGUUUGGUGGUGAGACUGUGGUUUGGGUUUAACUGGAAGGACAACACUGCAUCUAACUCAGCAAAUGUUUAGUCUUUUCAUUAAUUCCACACAUAUGUAAAUAAGAAAUUGAAUGAAAGAAGAAA